GCGCCGGCGGCUUCGGGCGGAGUUUGGCUAGCCGUGUAGUCAGACGGCUGUGGUCCUGGGAGGCGACAGCUCGCGUCCGAGCCUCUCUCCACUCGUCCGCCGCAGCCACCGCCGCUCCCCGGCCUCCCGCCGACCCUCGAUGCAGCGCCGGGCGGCAGCGUGAUGGGGCUGCGGAGCGGCGCCCUGCGGCUCGCGGCGGCCGCUGCUCGCGCUGAGCUGCGUCGGUGCCCGGCCUCCCGCGCCCCUGCGCGCCGCGGCGUCUUCUGACUCGGCCGGCCCGCCCGUCGGUCCGCAGCGCGGCUGAGGCAGCCUUGGACACAACCUCUAAAGAAGAUUUGAUUUUUAUUUCUGGACUGCAUAUACCUUAUAAAGCCAUCAGAAUGUCGGGAGCCUCAGUGAAGGUCGCUGUUCGAGUGAGACCCUUCAAUUCUCGAGAGAUGAGCAAGGAGUCCAAGUGCAUCAUUCAAAUGCAAGGCAACUCUACCAGUAUUAUUAACCCAAAGAACCCAAAGGAAGCACCAAAGUCCUUCAGCUUUGACUACUCUUACUGGUCUCACACCUCGCCUGAAGAUCCCUGUUUUGCAUCGCAGAGUCGUGUGUACAAUGACAUCGGAAAGGAAAUGCUCUUACAUGCCUUUGAAGGAUAUAAUGUCUGUAUUUUUGCCUAUGGGCAGACUGGUGCUGGGAAAUCCUACACAAUGAUGGGGAAACAAGAAGAAAGCCAGGCUGGCAUCAUCCCACAGUUGUGUGAAGAACUUUUUGAGAAGAUCAAUGACAACUGUAAUGAAGAAAUGUCUUACUCUGUAGAGGUGAGCUACAUGGAAAUUUACUGUGAGAGAGUACGAGAUUUGCUGAAUCCCAAAAACAAGGGUAAUUUGCGUGUGCGUGAACACCCGCUUCUUGGACCCUAUGUGGAGGAUCUGUCCAAGCUGGCAGUCACUUCCUACACUGACAUUGCUGACCUCAUGGAUGCUGGGAACAAAGCCAGGACGGUGGCAGCUACCAACAUGAAUGAAACAAGCAGCCGUUCCCACGCUGUGUUUACCAUUGUUUUCACCCAGAAGAAACACGAUUCAGAGACUAACCUUUCAACUGAAAAGGUCAGUAAGAUCAGCUUGGUGGAUCUAGCAGGAAGUGAACGAGCUGAUUCAACUGGUGCCAAAGGAACUCGAUUAAAGGAAGGUGCAAAUAUUAAUAAGUCUCUUACAACUUUGGGCAAAGUCAUUUCAGCCUUGGCGGAAGUGGAUAACUGCACGAGCAAGAGUAAAAAGAAGAAGAAAACUGAUUUUAUUCCUUACAGGGAUUCUGUACUUACUUGGCUCCUUCGAGAAAAUCUAGGUGGAAACUCUCGAACUGCAAUGGUUGCUGCUCUGAGCCCAGCAGAUAUCAACUACGAUGAAACUUUGAGCACCCUGAGAUAUGCAGAUCGUGCAAAACAAAUUAAAUGCAAUGCUGUUAUUAAUGAGGACCCUAAUGCCAAGCUGGUUCGGGAGCUAAAGGAGGAAGUAACACGACUGAAGGACCUUCUUCGUGCUCAGGGACUGGGAGAUAUUAUUGAUAUUGAUCCAUUGAUUGAUGAUUACUCUGGAAGUGGAGGCAAAUAUCUGAAAGAUUUUCAGAACAAUAAGCAUAGGUACUUGCUAGCCUCUGAGAAUCAACGCCCUGGCAAUUUUUCCACAGCAUCCAUGGGGUCCCUUACUUCAUCUCCAUCUUCAUGCUCACUUAAUAGUCAGGUGGGCUUAACAUCUGUGACCAGUAUUCAAGAGAGGAUCAUGUCUACACCUGGAGGGGAAGAAGCCAUCGAGCGUCUGAAGGAAUCAGAGAAGAUCAUUGCUGAGUUGAAUGAAACCUGGGAAGAGAAGCUUCGAAAGACAGAAGCUAUCAGAAUGGAGAGAGAAGCCUUGUUGGCUGAGAUGGGAGUUGCCAUACGGGAAGAUGGAGGGACACUUGGCGUUUUCUCACCUAAAAAGACUCCACAUCUCGUUAACCUCAAUGAAGACCCACUAAUGUCGGAGUGUCUGCUUUAUUAUAUCAAAGAUGGAAUUACAAGGGUUGGCCAAGCAGAUGCUGAGCGGCGCCAGGACAUAGUGCUGAGUGGGGCUCACAUUAAAGAAGAGCAUUGUAUCUUUCGGAGUGAGAGAAACAACACUGGUGAAGUUGUUGUGACUUUAGAGCCCUGUGAGCGCUCGGAAACAUAUGUGAAUGGCAAGAGGGUGGCCCAUCCCGUGCAGCUGCGCUCAGGGAACCGUAUCAUUAUGGGUAAAAACCAUGUUUUUCGUUUCAACCACCCUGAACAAGCCCGAGCUGAACGGGAGAAGACUCCCUCUGCGGAGACCCCCUCUGAGCCAGUGGACUGGACAUUUGCUCAGAGAGAGCUUCUUGAAAAACAAGGAAUUGAUAUGAAACAGGAGAUGGAAAAGAGGCUACAGGAAAUGGAGAUCCUGUACAAAAAGGAAAAGGAGGAAGCUGAUCUUCUUCUGGAGCAGCAGAGACUGGACUAUGAAAGUAAAUUGCAGGCCUUGCAGAGACAGGUUGAGACGCGCUCUCUGGCUGCAGAAACAACUGAAGAGGAAGAGGAGGAGGAGGAAGUUCCUUGGACACAGCAUGAGUUUGAGUUAGCCCAAUGGGCAUUCCGGAAAUGGAAAUGUCACCAGUUUACUUCAUUAAGGGACUUACUGUGGGGCAACGCGGUGUACCUGAAGGAAGCCAACGCCAUCAGUGUGGAACUGAAGAAGAAGGUGCAGUUUCAGUUUGUUCUGCUGACUGACACACUCUACUCCCCUUUGCCUCCUGAAUUACUUCCCACGGAGAUGGAAAAAACUCACGAGGACAGACCUUUCCCUCGUACAGUGGUGGCCGUGGAAGUCCAGGAUCUGAAGAAUGGAGCAACACAUUAUUGGUCUUUGGAUAAACUCAAGCAGAGACUGGAUUUAAUGCGAGAGAUGUACGACAGGGCGGGUGAGAUGGCCUCCAACGCUCAAGACGAAAGCGAGACGACCAUGACUGGCAGUGACCCAUUCUAUGAUCGGUUCCACUGGUUCAAACUUGUAGGAAGCUCCCCCAUUUUCCACGGCUGUGUGAAUGAGCGCCUUGCCGACCGCACACCCUCCCCCACUUUUUCCACGGCCGAUUCCGACAUCACUGAACUGGCUGACGAACAGCAGGAUGACAUGGAGGAUUUUGAUGAUGAGGCAUUCGUGGAUGACACCGGCUCUGACGCAGGGACGGAAGAGGGAUCAGAUCUCUUCAGUGAUGGGCAUGACCCAUUUUACGACCGAUCCCCUUGGUUCAUUUUAGUAGGAAGGGCAUUUGUAUACUUGAGCAACCUGCUGUAUCCGGUGCCCCUGAUUCACAGGGUGGCCAUCGUCAGUGAGAAGGGGGAAGUGCGGGGAUUUCUUCGUGUGGCUGUGCAGGCCAUUGCAGCUGAUGAAGAAGCUCCUGAUUAUGGCUCUGGAAUUCGGCAAUCAGGAACAGCUAAAAUAUCUUUUGAUAAUGAAUACUUUAAUCAGAGUGACUUUUCUUCAGUUGCAAUGACUCGUUCUGGUCUGUCUUUGGAGGAACUGAGGAUUGUGGAAGGACAAGGUCAGAGCUCUGACGUUAUCAGUCCUCCAGAGGAAGUUAACCGAAUGAAUGACUUGGAUUUGAAGUCAGGUACUCUGCUGGAUGGGAAGAUGGUGAUGGAAGGGUUUUCUGAAGAGAUUGGUAACCACCUGAAACUGGGCAGUGCCUUCACCUUCCGAGUCACUGUGCUACAGGCCAGUGGGAUCCUUCCAGAGUAUGCAGACAUCUUUUGUCAGUUCAACUUUUUGCAUCGGCAUGAUGAAGCAUUCUCCACUGAACCCCUAAAAAACAAUGGAAGAGGAAGUCCCCUGGGCUUUUAUCAUGUUCAGAAUAUUGCAGUGGAGGUCACUGAGUCAUUUGUGGACUACAUCAAAACCAAGCCCAUCGUAUUUGAGGUCUUUGGGCAUUAUCAGCAGCACCCACUUCAUCUGCAAGGACAAGAUCUUAACAGUCCACCUCAGCCAUCUCGAAGAUUCUUCCCCCCACCCAUGCCACUCUCCAAACCAGUUCCAGCCACCAAGUUAAACACCAUGAGCAAAACCAGCCUUGGGCAGAGCAUGAGCAAGUAUGACCUUCUGGUUUGGUUUGAGAUCAGUGAACUGGAGCCUACUGGAGAGUAUAUUCCAGCUGUGGUUGACCACACAGCAGGCUUACCCUGCCACGGGACAUUUUUGCUGCACCAGGGCAUCCAGCGAAGGAUCACAGUGACUAUCAUCCACGAGAAGGGCAGUGAGCUCCACUGGAAAGACGUCCGUGAACUGGUGGUAGGCCGUAUUAGGAAUAAACCUGAGGUAGAUGAAGCUGCAGUUGAUGCUAUCCUUUCCCUCAACAUCAUCUCUGCUAAGUCUCUGAAGUCUUCCCACAAUUCCAGCAGGCUCUUUCUUGAUAAGGAUAUUCCUAGGACCUUCUACCGUUUUGAGGCCGUAUGGGACAGCUCCCUACAUAACUCCCUUCUUCUGAACCGAGUGACACCCUAUGGAGAAAAGAUCUACAUGACCUUAUCAGCUUAUCUGGAGUUGGACCAUUGUAUCCAGCCAGCCGUCAUCACCAAGGAUGUGUGCAUGGUCUUCUAUUCCCGAGAUGCCAAGAUCUCACCUCCGCGUUCUCUGCGAAGCCUCUUUGGUAGUGGCUACUCAAAGUCACCAGACUCCAACCGAGUUACUGGAAUUUAUGAACUGAGCUUAUGCAAAAUGGCAGACACUGGUAGUCCAGGCAUGCAGAGGCGGAGGAGAAAAGUCUUGGACACCUCUGUGGCAUAUGUGCGGGGAGAGGAGAACCUAGCAGGCUGGCGGCCUCGAGGAGACAGCCUCAUCCUGGAGCACCAGUGGGAGCUGGAGAAGCUGGAGCUGCUGCAUGAGGUGGAGAAAACUCGCCACUUCUUGCUGCUUCGUGAGAGGCUUGGUGACAGCAUACCCAAGUCUCUGAGUGACUCACUGUCCCCCAGCCUCAGCAGUGGGACCCUUAGUACCUCGACCAGCAUCUCUUCUCAGAUCUCAACCACCACCUUUGAAAGCGCCGUCACACCCAGCGAGAGCAGUGGCUAUGACUCCGCAGACAUUGAAAGCCUGGUAGAUAGAGAGAAGGAACUGGCUACAAAGUGCCUGCAGCUUCUUACCCACACUUUCAACCGAGAAUUGAACCAGGUACAUGGCAGCAUCAGUGACUGUAAGUUGUCUGAUAUCUCUCCGAUCGGACGGGAUCCCUCCGUGUCCAGUUUCAGCAGUUCGACCCUCACUCCUUCCUCCACGUGCCCCUCUCUGGUGGACUCAAGGAGCAACUCCAUGGAUCAGAAGACCCCAGAAGCCAACUCUCGCGCCUCUAGUCCCUGCCAAGAAUUUGAACAGUUUCAGAUCGUCCCAGCUGUGGAGACACCCUAUUUGGCCCGAGCAGGAAAAAAUGAAUUUCUCAACCUUGUUCCAGACAUUGAAGAAGUUAGAGCAGGCUCAGUGGUGUCUAAGAAGGGAUACCUGCAUUUUAAGGAGCCACUUUCCAGUAACUGGGCUAAACAUUUCGUUGUGGUUCGUCGCCCUUACGUCUUCAUCUAUAACAGUGACAAAGACCCAGUAGAGCGUGGCAUCAUUAACCUGUCUACAGCACAGGUGGAGUACAGUGAGGACCAGCAGGCCAUGGUGAAGACACCUAAUACCUUUGCUGUAUGCACAAAGCACCGUGGGGUCCUUCUGCAAGCGCUCAAUGACAAAGACAUGAAUGACUGGUUAUAUGCCUUUAACCCACUUCUGGCUGGCACAAUAAGAUCAAAGCUCUCUCGCAGAUGCCCAAGCCAGCCGAAAUAUUAAGUGAUUCUCCUGAGCCUUGCUCACCUUCGACAGAUAAAGAAAGUGUUACCUCUCAUUCUGUUUGUGAUUCUUGACGGUUAUUCUUGUAUGUAAUCCUGUGGCUUAACUACUUCCCUUGUCAUCCAGCGCUCCUCUAGUUCUCCUGUUCCCCAUCUCCAUGGUUCUGUACUCUUCUUUUUCUUGUGCUAAGACUUGUAGCAUGUGGCCUAACAGAAGGGGGGAAAAUCACUACUCACAUUUGUAUACACUCACACUCACACACACCCUGAGGGGAUCCAGCAAAUCUCAAAAUGAGUUUCCCACGUACUUCAGCUUCCUUUGGAUGGCAGAUCCCCUUCAUUGGUCACCGUCUGGCUGUUCUGUGUAUCUCUGGUUUCAGGGUACUUUCUUUCUCUUUCUCUUUUUUCCCCCACUGUUUAUGAUAAUACUACUUUUUCCUGGAUGGCUUAGAGACUAAGGGAGACGACACCUGCUGUUGUCAGCCCUGAAAGAAAAACCUCUUUUCCCUCCUUCUGUCUCUUUUUUUUUUUUGUUUGUUUGUUUUUUUUUUAGUGGCUAAUCCCUGUAUUCCCAUUCAGGGAAAGCACUGUGGGAAGCUCAGAAAUGGAUUUAUAUUCUCUGUCCAAAUCAGGGCUUAGAGCAUGGAUGUAUGAAGUGGAAGAUACAGAAGGGCCUUUGUGAUAGGCCUGGAACAGCAGCUGCGGCUGGGCCCUUUAAGGCCCAAGCUGCCACAGUAGGUUGGGCAGUGGGUGAUGAGGGUGAUGGUUAGAGGCCAACUGACUAUAGCUCCUCACAGCAGGAUCCUGCAAACUUUUCUCCUCACUGGGAAGGAGGCAUUUGUCUAGGAGUUUCUCUAACUCUGUUUUCAGCAUUACUGAUGCUGGUGCCACUGUUUGGAAUUAUGUGAUGUCAUGAACACAUUUCCCACAAGGGAGAGUGUGGGAGUGUUUGACUUUCUGGUGAGAAACUGGAUCAUUGUUGCUCAGAGGUGCUGAGUGCAUCUUGUGAUUGUUGUAGCUCCCUUUGAUCAAAGAAUUGUAGCUUCAGCAUAAACUUUAAAGUCACCAUCUGAACCCAGUGGCCAUUUCUAAUAAUACUUGUCUCAAAAUAAGCAAACAUGGCAGGCUUUGCUUUCUGUAUGCUAGAACUGACCAGCUUCUACCACCACUCCAGACAAAUCAGAAGCCUCUUAAGGUAGAAAGAGAAUGCACCCAACUGUCCUGUGGUUUGCUAUUGGAUCCUACAACCCCAUUUCCCCUGUCCCCCAUCCACAUGUGGUUAAGAAGAGUUCACUGCCACUAGUUUCUGUGGCUUCUAACUAACUCGGUCUCUGGGUUCAAGAGGUUAUCAUAGAAAAUAAUGCUUGUUCUCUACCUGCCAGGGACUGAGGAGAGCACAGAACGCCCCUGGUUUUUGGUUACUCCGGUUGCUGUGCCAGUGACUUGCAGCUCAUUCAUGCUGCCGUUCUUAUCAGCCUGUUUUACCAUCACUCAGGCACCCAGGAAAGCAUCUGCUCACCUCCACUCUGGGAAGGUUUCUGGCCACUUGAGGGUAGUGGAGGAAUGGAUUUCUCUCUGGUCAAGAACUCACUCACCACUGUAGAGCAGCCACUAGGGAGGCAUCAUGCAGACCCUUGCUUCUGACCUCAGCAGGGCUUCCCUCUGAAGAACAGGGCUCCUGGCUCCUUUGUUAAAAUUGCCUUGCAAAGAAAAGGAAAAGUGGACCAUGGAGAAAAGAAAGGGCAGAAACCAGACUGUUCUUAUCUAAAAGAUCAGCUCAUUGGUGGAUUUUUAAAACUUUCUUUCUCUCCUUUUUAAAGCAUAAGGCACUAACUGUAAUGUUAGUUUUCUUCUAAACAUAUAUAGAAGAUUUUUUAUGUAGUUAGCAGUCUCUGUUGUCUAAUGGACACAACACGCCCUUCUGGUGUAUACUCAAAUUCAGCAGGUUCUGUCUGUGCUUGGAGACAGCUUCCUGAACCAGAACUAAAUCUAAUUUCAGGGAAAUGAAGGUGAAAGAUCGCUUUUAAAUUGAAUUGCUGAUAUCGCUGCUGUUACAAAGUAGAUGUAAGGAUCCAUGUCAGUGACGAGCGGUGUGAAGCCUGGGGGAGGGUGAAAUUGUGCUAUACACAAUACCCUGCAAUGAGUGUUUUCUUUUUCUUUUUUGGUUUUUCAAAACAGGCUUUCUCUAUGUAACAAGGCCUGGCUGUCCUUGACUCACUUUGCAGACCAGGCUGACCUCGAACUCACAGAGAUCCACCUGCCUCUGCCUCUUGAGUGCUGGGAUUAAAGCCGUGUGCUACCAUGCCUGGUGUGUUUUCUUUUAACUCAUACAAAACUGGUUUAGAAAAUCUUUGCUUUGCAAAUAUCAAAUGUUAACAUGAGCCAAACAAGACUUCAUAAGCUGCCCCUUAAGGAGGCCUUGAUAGGAAAACCAGGGAAGGUAGGGCUAGACCUUGGGCACCUGUGCUUCUACCUGCCCUGCCCCUCUUUCUGUAGGGCCCAUGCUCAGACCAGAAGCUGAGCAUUUACGGGAUUUAUGUUCUGUUUCCUGACAAGGUCAGCUAUGCUUUGAAGUGCUGAAAAAGAAAGGGUUUUAUGGGAAGACCUGUUCGUGCGAUUUUUGUUGUUGCCAUGGUAGCAGGAAAGUUAAGACAACUACCUUUUACGGACAAUUACCUUUUAAUUUUUUUUUUUUUUUAAUUUUCAAAGCACUCUUUUAAAGAACAACAACAACAAAAAAUAAACCUAGAAUGAAAACACACAAAGUACAGAAAAGUGAGUGCUACUUAAAACCUUAUCCUCCCCUUCCUUUACAUCUUCAUCCUCCUUUCUCCCAUACAAAUAUGGCCUCAUAACUAUCCCCCUGACCAGUGCUCAGCCUUGCCUGCUUCUGUGAGACUAUCCUGGGAGUCAGUCAGCUUUCAGGUGCAGACUGUGCGGGGACCAGGCAGUCCCUGUACAAGGUUAGGCAAGAGCACAGGCCAGGCUGCUUCCAGGCAGGCCCCUGACUCCAUCCAUAAGUGAGAAAUUUGUUGAGGCUCCUCAAUUAAUAAACUAUUGUGUUUUUUGUUUUUUCCCUUCAGCUACAUAUCUGUUAAUUUUUCAAAAAUUUUUUCAUCUUGUUUGGGUGAAGAAAUGAAUGAUGACUGUGAAAGGUCUUCAGGGUCUAAAGACAGAUAACUUUUCCUGACACAUAUUUCAAACCAUAGACUUUGUUACCUGCUGCUUCUUGUCUAAUUUAGGGAUAUUUAACUUUGUAGGUAUUUGUAUAUUUAUACAGCUGUGAUGAGUUGCACAUUGGACUGAAAGGAAAUGGUUCUGCCCUGGGUGGCUUCUGUUGGGACUCUAGCAUUUCCCUCUUGGGCACUGUGCUCUGAGGUCUUGUGAACAGCCCCCAGGGAUGGGUGGUUUGUUUGGCAUGGGUCCUUCACUUUUCAUUUGGGUUUCUUUUUGAAAUUGUAAUCUCUAACUUGCUCUAUGAGAAGAAAAGAAUAAUCCUGUUGCUGCUCUUGGAAGGUCUGCUGAAUGCAUUUGAGUAAAACUCUGGCGCCAUGCACCACAGCCAUCCACUGUGACCAGUGGUCCGCCACGAGUGAGUAAGACCAGGACUGUGGAGCAAGUCAGAGAUUGUCGGCUGAGAGAUUGUUGCUGUUAACUGUUCAGAAGGCCAUUUAUGAAGUAGGCAUUUGAGCUCAAAAAAUAUCUCAAGAGAGCCCCUAAUUAUUUAAAAAAAUUUCUACCAUAAGAAAGAGAUUAAAAGUUGAUACAGAACUGGUGUUAAAAACUCACAGCCAGAGGUUAGGGGUGUAGCUUAGUGGUAGAGCAUUUGGCAAUUAUAUGUGAUGUUUGGUUCAGUCCCCAGUACUGCAAAUCAGACAGACAGAAGGCCUCACAGUAGAGAGCUGCUCCGAUAGAAAGUACAGGCAGAGGUUGGUCUCAUGUGAGAUCCUGGAUGUUUUGUGUUGUCAUGUCUUUAAUUGAUUUUUUUCUCAUGCUGUGUAUUCUGGCAUCCGUUCACCUAAGGGAUCCACCAGCCUUCUCAUGUUCAAGCAUUGUCUCAGACUUUGUGGCUCCGACGUACUUGUCUGUUGAGAGUCAAGUCUCCUGUCACCAUCCCCAUGCUAUAACAGAAUCCAUGAAGCAUAAGUGGCCUUUCUGAACCAAGACUUCGCAAACUGAUCUCUCCCCAGUGAAGGAGUUGAGCACAAGCAACAAUGUACAUUAUUAAUUUUGGAUUUCAUUUUCAUGAUUUAUUUUGUAAAUAUCUGAUGUUUGGAGCUUGAGUAUACAAAAUGUAAAUACAGUUCUCGUAUUUGUACUAACCCUGAUUCUUUUGCUGUAUAGCCUUAGUGUGUAAUGCAGACAUUAUCUGACUGUGUGUGGUAACCUUGCAUCACAGAACUGCUAGUAAACGAGGCAAAGUAAUAAAGGUACAACCAGUGCAUCGAA